UAAAAUUAAUGUUCUUUCUUCAUUUUCGAUCUCAAUAAUUAGAAUAUAGAAGUCAGUUUAUAGGUAAAUUGUAUUACAGAAAUGUCUCAACAUAGAAUGUCUGAUGUCAUUGGUAUACUUAGAGGAGCUAAAGUAGUGACUGAUGCUGUGACUAAACAUCAAGAAGAGACAAUUAAACAUUUAAUACAAACUUCAAGUUUAAAAACUACUGCACAAAAAUGUCUAACAGAUAAUUUGAAAACAUUGAAUAAUAUAGAACCAAAUAAAGUUCCUGUUCAAAUAAUAGAAGAAUUUAAAGAAGUGGCAGAACGAAUAAAUGUUAUUGAAAAGGGUAUAAUAGAAUACAUAAAAUUAAAAACUAAGACAGCUGUGGGAAUACCACCAAAUGUAGAUAAACCUAUAAAAUCUAGUAAAACUAAGUUAUAUGUUUAUAAUCCCGCUAAAGAUCCAAAAGAAAUAACAACAGACAUGGAUAUUUCAAAUGUAAAAUCUGUAAAAGAAAAAAUUGAAACAAUUUCCAAACUUGAAAGUGAAGUACCUAAAAUUGUACUUUCAGAGAAAGACAAAGCAAUUUUAAAAAAAUUAGAAUUAGAACACGAAAGAAACAUAAAGAAUCUGAAUAUAAAACAAAAUAUACAAAAUGUACCAAGAACUAAUAGUGAAGUAUUAGAAACUACAGUAAUGGAAAAUACAAAAGUAACAUCAGACAUUUCUCAUGUUAAACCUAAACCAUCUGUUAGACCAAAACAAACUCUUUCACCUAAUGCGAAAGCUCAGAAAGUUCCAGCUACAAGAUUACAAAGAAUGGUGAGCUUUGGAACAUUAGGAGUUGGUCUUGGUGUUGGUACAAUUGCAGAAUAUACACGAAGGACACUUGGAUUAAAAAAACAAAGUCUUGGAGAUACAUUUGAUAGUUUGUUUCUUACUAAAGCAAAUGCAGAAAGAAUAGUUUCUACCUUGUGUAAAGUAAGAGGUGCAGCUUUAAAAAUUGGACAAAUUUUAAGUAUACAAGAUGAAACCAUUAUGAACCCUGAAUUACAGAAAGUAUUUGAACGAGUCAGACAAAGUGCUGAUUUCAUGCCAAUGUGGCAAGUUGAGAAAGUACUAGUUGGAGAACUUGGACAUGAUUGGAGAAAUAAAUUAGCUACCUUUGAAGAUAGACCAUUUGCUGCAGCUUCUAUUGGCCAAGUUCAUCAUGGUACCUUGCUAAAUGGACAAGAUGUUGCAAUUAAAAUUCAAUAUCCUGGUGUAGCUAUGGGUAUUGAAAGUGAUGUUGAAAACUUAGUAGGCAUAAUGAAGGUUUGGAACAUUUUCCCAAAAGGUAUGUUUAUAGACAAUUUGGUAGAAGUGGCAAAACGUGAACUUGCAUGGGAAGUAGAUUAUGUUAGAGAAGCCGAAUGUACAAGAAAAUACAAACAACUUAUAGAGUCUUACUCAGAUUAUUAUGUUCCUGCUGUAAUAGAUGAACUAUCAACAAAGCAAAUUUUUACAACUGAAAUGGUAGAAGGAAUUCCAGUAGAUAAAUGUAUUAAUUUGGAUAUGGAAACAAAAGAACAUAUCUGCAAAUUAAUCAUGAAUUUGUGCCUUAAAGAACUAUUUGUUUUUCGAUACAUGCAAACUGAUCCAAAUUGGUCUAAUUUCUUUUAUAAUACUAAGACAAGACAAUUAAUAUUGCUAGAUUUUGGUGCAUGUAGAGGAUAUGAAAAGUCAUUCAUGGAUAAAUAUAUUGAAAUAAUUUAUGCUGCAAGUGAAGGUGAUCGUAAAAAAAUUUUAAAUUUGUCCAGAGAAAUAGGAUUUCUUACAGGAUAUGAAUCUAAACUUAUGGAAGAGGCUCAUGUAGAUGCUGUAAUGGUUUUAGGUCAAACAUUUGAUAAAAAUUGUGAAUACUAUGACUUUGGUAAACAAGGUGUAAUUAAACAACUCCAAUCAUUAAUGCCAACAAUAUUAGAUCAUAGGCUCUGUCCUCCACCUGAAGAAAUAUAUAGUUUACAUAGAAAAUUAUCGGGAGCUUUUUUACUAUGUGCUAAACUUAAGGUUAAAAUAAAUUGUCGCGAUAUGUUUCGCGAAGUUUAUGCGAAUUAUAAAUUUGGAUAG